AUACUACUACGGCGUGCGCCAGAAGGAACAAGUACCGACCUUUAUCAUUUAGGCUUUCAACUUUUUUCUUCUUGCCAACCAACAGAAACAAAAUGUCCCACAACAACCAGCUGGACCCCUUUGCAGACGAGCCCGCUCACGCCACCCUUGACACCGACCCUUUUGCCGACAGUGUCAGAGACCCAUUCUCCCAACCCAAUGAAUCGUCAGUUUCCUUUGGUGGCGCGGGUGGAUCCACAACGAAUACGUACGGCGACUAUGGCUACGGUGGUGGUCAUGCCAAUCAAGAUGCCAAUAAGAAAGCAGAAGAACUUAGAAGGAGAGAGGAGGAGUUGAAUAGGAGAGAGGCGGAAUUUACUAGAAGACAACAGGAGUCUGGAGCAUAUGCCAACAACUGGCCCCCAAUCUAUCCCUUUGUUCACUACGAUCCUAGUGUCAUCCAAGACCCAUCCAAAAGGCAAACCAUUACAUUGAUUGGAUACCAAUGGUAUGCGCUCGUAGUGGCUCUCAUCAUCAACUUGCUGGGGUGCAUCUUCUUGCUGAUCUCCGGGAGCUCAGAAGGAGGAGCCGAUAUGGCGAGCUCAGCAAGCUAUCUUGUCUUUAUCACGAUUGCCUCCUUUAUCUUAUGGUUCCGACCAAUUUAUCUAGGCUACUGCAGAAAUGAAGGCAAGGCUAUGGCUAUCUUUUUCUAUAUUUAUUUCUUGUUCUGUGGCUUCCACUUGCUCUACUCCAUCUACAUGUUUAUCGGUAUUCCUUCUACCGGUUCGGCUGGACUAAUAAACACCAUCUCCAUGUUCUCUCAAGGACAUAUCCUGGCAGCGGUAUUCGGCACUAUUACAACCGUUCUUUGGGCUUUACAAGUGCUUGGCGGGGCGUUCCUCUAUAAGCGAGUGUGGGACUUCAAGAAUGGCAAUUCCGACAUUAGUAUGCAAAAUGCCACCGAUCAAUUCAAAUCCAAUUCUAUCAAAACUAUAGUCCUGCAUCAGAGCAGGCUGUAAGUUUGUGACUACAAGCUGAGCUUUGGAGCAGCCUUCAUUGGUCAGUCCACUGCUGGAAUAUGUUGUCGACGCUAUGAAUGCUGUUUUCUUGGGAUGAUUAGCCUGCCACGUUAGAUUCUGAAAAUGUAUAUGAAGCUUGAAUUCAAACGUUCCUCACCACGGUCAGCUAACAUUGUUUCACGUAGAUGCAUGCC